AUGCCCCCACCUCACGAAAAGCAGAAUCUUUUGAAAAAUCGAAACAAUCAUUGGCAUAACAAUGUGCCAGUUCAUGGUAUACGCCCGAGUACUUCGAUUGAAUCACUGAAAUCACACAAAAGUCAUAUUGAGUUUGAAGGUGACAACGACGAAGAUCCGAAACAACUUACAGCUGACGGAGUUCUCAAUUCUUAUGGUAAGGUUUUUUAAAAGGUUUACUUGUUUUUAGCUUGAGUCUAAGGCUAAGCUUUAACCUUAACUUUCGCCUUUGUUUUAGCUUUAGCCUUAUUCUUAGCUUUAGCCUUAGCUUUAGCCUUAGCUUCAGUCUUAGUUUUAGCCAGAGCCACAGUUUGAGCCUGAGCCUGACAAGGGAAGGUACUUUAAUCGCAGAUGGACUUUGAGAUGAGACCUAUAUAUUCUGAAAGCUGAAUUCACAGGGAGUACGGAUCUGAAAACCGUUUUUCUGUGCGGCUCUUAGUUUUUGAGAAAAUCGUCUUUAAAAUAUGGCAAGCAUUUUGGCGAAACGAGCGCGCCGAAAAGAAUCACGCAAUUAAUUCAAAGAAAACAAGUAGCAGAUUGGCCGAGUGGUGAGUCAGUUUCUUUCGGAUGUCGGUGGGGGAGUUCGACCCCGGCCUUGUGCAACACUUUUACAGCGGCUUAAAAUGAUACAUUUUGUAUGCAAAUAUGUAAAAAAAUUAAUUUUUUUUAUUUUAUUCUUUUGUAAUUUUUUUCAAUAAAGCAACUCUUUUUGCGCUUUCAAAAUAAGGAAAAUUGUUUUGAUUUUUAUAAUAACAAAAGUUUGGCUCAUACCCAUGCAAUACCCAUACCCAUGCCAAACACUUGCCAUAGCCAUGUCAUACUUGUACCCAUGCCAUACCCUUGCCAUGCCCAUGUCAUACCCAUACCAUACCCAAACCCAUACCCAUAGUAUGACAUGGGUAUGGCAAGGGUAUGGCAAGGGUUUGGCAUGGGUAUGGGAUGUGCGAAAACUGCUUUAAAACGGGAGGGCCGGAGCCCCGAGCCAAACCUUUGUUAUUAUAAAAACCAAAACAGUUUUCCUUAUUUUGAAGGCGCAAAAAGAGUUGCUUUAUUGAAAAAAAUUACAAAAGAAUAAAAUAAAAAAAAUUAAUUUUUUUACAUAUUUGCAUACAAAAUGUAUCAUUUUAAGCCGCUGUAAAAGUGUUGCACAAGGCCGGGGUCGAACUCCCCCACCGACAUCCGAAAGAAAACUGACUCACCACUCGGCCAAUCUGCUACUUGUUUUCUUCGAAUUAAUUGUGUGAUUCUUUUCGGCGCGCCCGUUUCGCCAAAAUGCUUGCCAUAUUUUAAAGACGAUUUUCUCAAAAACUAAGAGCCGUACAGAAAAACGGUUUUCAGAUCCGUACUCCCUGUGAAUUCAGCUUUCAGAAUAUAUAGGUCUCAUUUCAAAGUCCAUCUGCGAUUAAAGUACCUUCCCUUGUGAGCUUUUGCUUGAACGUGAACUUAAGCGCGAACUUGAGCUUGAUCUUGUUACUGUUUCUGUCUUGUUUUCUGCUUCUGUCUAUGUCCUUGUCUCUCACCUUUUUCUUGUCCAUGUCCCUAACAGUUUUAGCUUCAGUUCUAGCUCUAAUCAUAGCCUUAGCCCUUGCUUUAAUCUAAGCCCUAAGUCUGGGUCCUAUAGAUAAAAAGAAAAAGGCAGUAAAAAGUUUUUUUCUUACAUUUAUAAUCUUGUAACAUGAUGACUGUACUUUUAGGAGCGUCAAAUCCAUACCAAAUUUUGAUCUUCUGCACAAUGGCUCUAAUUUGGACGAUUAUGGCCUUACCUUUACUUGUCAGUGCCUUUUUUAUUGGUAACAUUUGUUUAGAUGAAAGAAAUUGCACACUCACUCCAGGGAGCUUGAUUGAAGAGGUAAACUAGAAUAUUUUUUUAAAUUUUUUAAAAUUAAAAAAAAAUUAAAAUUUUUAAAAUUUUUUUUAUUUUUUAAAUUUUUAAUUCAGAAAAGUGUUAAAAUUUUUUCAUGAAAUUUUGUAAUUUUAGCCUAAAAAAGUAUUUUUAUUAAUAUGGUUUUAGUUUGGUUUGGUAGGAGCUAAAGCACAACAUGCUGAUUAUUCCAGUAUGAUAUUUGUUUUGGGUAAUAUGGUUGGUGCUAGUACUAUAUCUCGAUUUUCGGAUUUGUAAGUUGUUUUAACGAUUAAGAAUUUACCCUACCUUACCUUACUUUGCCCUACCCUACUCUGCUCUACCCUACCCUACUCUGCCCUACCCUAACCUACCCUACCUUAUCCUACCGUACCCUACCUUAUCCUAGCCUACCGUACCCUAUCCUACUAUACCCUACCCUAUCUUAUCCUGCUCUACCCUACCCUACACUACCCCACCUUACCCUACCCUACUCUACUCUACCCUACCCUACUCUACCUUACCCUACCCUAUUCUACCCUACCCUAUCUUUAAAUUCAGAUUUAAAAUUUCAGAAAAGGCCGCCGUCCAGCCCUCCUAAUCUCCUUGACUGGCCUCGGUUUCUUUGGUGUAUUAUCAGCGUUUAGCCCGAGUAUUGUAGUGUUCACCAUGUUUCGAUUUGUUCAAGGCAUUUUCCUGCCCGUAAGCGUUUCCCUUUCUCUUUACCAAUUUUCAAGGGCUGUGGUAUGACCAAUUGGGUUUUAGCCUACGAGUCCACCUCGAUGAAGCUCCGCUCCUACUCGGCGUUGGUGUUCGGACUGUUCUGGGUGGUGGGCUACUUUGUGCUGGCACCGUUAUGUUACUAUUUGGUAUCAUGGCGACAUCAGAUUAUUGGCUCUUCGUUACCAGCGUUAGUCAUUGGCAUACUGUACUAUUUCUUCGUGCCGGAAAGUUUUCAUUUUAUGGUGUCGAAUGGUAGGGUGGUACAGUUGAAGCAGUGGUACCGGAAUGCUAAUAGGUAUGCGAAAGUGGCAAGAGAUGAAAGUGAAGUUGAGUUGUUGGUGAAGAGACAUUACGGUGGUAAAAGUGAAGGUGAUGACAAGAAAGAUGACGGAUUUUUGUGCUCUUUAAUGAAGCAGAAAGUACUGUUGAUGUAUACUGCGGUAUUGGGGUACUUGUGGUAAGAUUUUGGAAUUUAACAAAACUUUAAAUGUUUUAAAAUCGUGGGUUAAAGAUAAAAAGGGGGGGGGGGGUCGGAUAGUGUAAGACUAACGGCAGUCAAAAGUGCUGUAUGGCUAGGGUAUAGUGGGGAAAGUGCUUUACGGUAGGCCUAAAGUAAGGCUAGGCUUGGACUAGAACUCAAGCUGAGACUAUGCUAUGGGGUAGGGCUCUGGGCUAGGGACCUGGGCGGUGAGCCAGGGUCUGGGCUAGGACUCUGGGCCAAAGAUUUGGGCUAGGGCUCUGGUCUAGGCAUCUGGGCAGGGCUCUGGAUUAGGCAUCUGGGCUGGAGCUGGUUUUUUUGAUUUAUAACAAGCUCUUUUCAGGACCUGUGACUCAUUUGUCUACUACGGCCUUUCACUUAUAUCAACAACAUUAGCUGGCAACAGAUAUGUCAAUUUUGUACUAGCGGGGCUGGUCGAAAUCCCAUCUUACAUUGUUUCGCCAUACCUACUUGAAGUUAUGGGUAGAAGAGGGUUCGUAGCGUUUGUGCAUCUAAUAACCUCAUUGGCUUUCGUUGGGACAGUGUUUAUUGCUGACGAAACUGUUUCUUUGGUGAGUUAAACGUUUAUUUUUUUUGGAGGGGGAGGAGAAAAAAAGGGGGGGGGGGUACAAUUUUCAUUUUUGUUUUUUUUUCAAAAAACUAUCAAGAACUGCCUAUUUCAUAAUUAAUUUAAAAAUUUCUCCCCCCCCCCCCCCCCUACUUUUUUCCCCUUUCCAAUCACCCCGCCCCGUACUACUCUUCCACGACAAAAUUAAUGCAGAAAAAACCCUGUCAAGUCCUAUAUCUACAUUUUGUAUACAACUUUUAAAAAUUUUAGGUAUUCUGGCUGAUAGGCAAGUUUGGAAUAGCUUGUGCCUAUACCUCUUUGUACGUUUAUGGCUCCGAAGUGUUCCCAACCGUUUUGAGAAGUGGUUGUAUUGGAAUAUGCCUUUUUUUGGAAAGAAUUGGAGGUAUUACUGCUCCUAUGGUUAGAUCUAUGGUGAGUAUUGACUUUACUUUUCAAAAUUUUUAAAAUUUAUUAAAAUUAGAUAUUCCUUUAGUUAAAAACAGAAUUUUCAUAGCCUAUAAACCCCUAAAAUGAUGUUAUUUUAGAGUAUAAUAUCCCCAAUUUAGAGUGUAAUAUCCCCAAACCUGCCGAACGUAUUCUUUGCUGUGACAGCUGGUGUAGCGGCUGGACUGACCUUAUUGUUACCUGAAACCCGUGGUCUUGAGCUGCCUGAUUUGACCAGUGAAAUAGCUGAACCGCCAGAGAGAAAGAUAUCCAGAGCUGCCUCAAGAAGGCAUACUGCUUCUGUUAACUAA